CUGGGAGCCGGGGCACCCCGGAAGCGGAAAUCCAGGAGUCAAACUCGUCAUUUCCUUUAGCUAGAGGAGCUCAACGGAUCUGUUCUCUUUCGCUCAGGCAAAAUCACAGAAUGAAGGCAGUGAAGAGCGAACGGGAGCGAGGGAGCCGGCGAAGACACCGGGACGGGGACGUGGUGUUGCCGGCGACGGUGGUCGUGAAGCAGGAGCGUCUCAGCCCGGAAGCCGCACCUCCCGCCCACCGUCGUCCGGACCACUCCGGCGGUAGCCCGUCCCCGCCGGCCAGCGAGCUGAGCCGCCCGGGCCACCGCGGGAACCGAGCCCGAGGAGUUAGCCGGUCCCCACCCAAAAAGAAAAACAAGUCCUCAGGGAGAAGAAGCAAGUCUCCCCGGAGUAAGAGGACCCGAAGUCCUCACCACUCAACAGUCAAAGUGAAGCAGGAGCGUGAGGAUCAUCCCCGGAGAGGACGGGAGGAUCGGCAGCACAGGGAACCAUCGGAACAGGAACACAGGAGAGCUAGGAACAGUGACCGGGACAGACACCGGGGCCAUUCCCACCAAAGGAGAACAUCUAACGAGAGGCCUGGGAGUGGGCAGGGUCAGGGACGGGAUCGAGACACGCAGAACCUGCAGGCUCAGGAAGACGAGCGGGAGUUUUAUAAUGCCAGGCGACGGGAGCAUCGCCAGAGGAAUGACGUUGGUGGCAGUGGUAGUGAGUCUCAGGAGUUGGUUCCUCGGCCUGGUGGCAACAACAAAGAAAAGGAGGUUCCUGUUAAAGAAAAACCAAGCUUUGAACUUUCUGGGGCGCUUCUUGAGGACACCAACACUUUUCGGGGUGUAGUCAUUAAAUAUAGUGAGCCCCCAGAAGCACGUAUCCCCAAAAAACGGUGGCGUCUCUACCCGUUUAAAAAUGAUGAGGUGCUGCCAGUCAUGUACAUACAUCGACAGAGUGCAUACCUACUAGGUCGACACCGCCGCAUUGCAGACAUUCCAAUCGAUCACCCGUCUUGUUCAAAGCAGCAUGCAGUCUUUCAAUAUCGGCUUGUGGAAUAUACCCGUGCAGAUGGCACGGUUGGCCGAAGAGUGAAGCCCUACAUCAUCGACCUUGGCUCAGGCAAUGGAACCUUCUUAAACAACAAACGUAUUGAGCCACAGAGAUACUAUGAACUAAAAGAAAAGGAUGUACUCAAAUUUGGGUUCAGCAGCAGAGAAUACGUCUUGCUCCAUGAGUCGUCAGACACUUCUGAAAUAGACAGGAAAGACGACGAGGAUGAGGAGGAGGAGGAAGAAGUGUCUGACAGCUAGCAAACUAAGAACACAAACUGAGACACCUUUUCCUUCUUGGAAGGCUUUGAUUGACUCAGAGAACCAUAGUGCUCUCUGUAACGCCUCUUAUUGCCUUAACUGUUUUCCUCUGUUGCUGACCCAAUUGUGUUACCAUUUAAAUUCACUGACUAAUGUUUUGUCAAAUUUUUUUCUGUGGCACAUUGGCCACAUGCCUGCAGGCAUUUGUUUUCAAAACAGUCUCAGCAAUUACAACACAUUGUGUUUUAAUAGAAGCGUUGUGGUUUUAGUUGGUGUUUUCAGAACUGCUGCCUAGAAAACUAUGAACCCUUGGUUAAGGGGAAAUCGUGGCUUGUUCUCUUUGUAUAGUUACUUUAUUUAUAUAGAUGUUAAACUUUCUGGACCAGGUGUUUUUCUUCUGGGGCAAACCCCUGAGCAGAGAAUCUUACUAAGCUUUGGUUAUCACCAAACAACCUCCAGUAUAUACCAAAGCUUUGACCUGGUUGAGCUCUUGAGCUUAGAAGUUGAUUUUGCACUUAGUGUUUUGGGGGUGGGAAUGUACGCAGUCAGUAAGCAUUAUUGACUGUUAAACAGAUGCUUUGUGGCACCUGCUUAAUUAAGCCCAUGACUGUACAGAAGGAUCGUGGUUGCCACCAAUGGGUGCUGAUUCAGUGCCACAAGUGACUGAAAUUGGCCGUGGAUCUGUUCUUUGAGAGAAUUCCUGAUUUCUCCAUGGAGCAUGUACAUAACAAUUUUGAUCAUAUUAACUGUACUUCAGUUUUGUGUUUUUAUUCAAAUGUUAUGUCCUUUUUUUCUGAGAAAUACACUGUCAGUGAUGUGACAGCGUCCUUACUUUAGUAACAUGUAUAUGUCUAAAGCAGGUUGUGUCGUUUACAUGUUUCUACACAUUUCGUCCUUUAAAAAACUGUUCAGAGAGGUUGUAUUUACCUUCCCAAGGCUGAAAAACAGGGGAAUUUCCUAGUUUCCUAGUUUUCCACCAGAGGAAUAUGUGUAAGUAGAAAAGUGUUAGCUGCUUACAUAUAGCGUGUAUGUAUGUAUGUAUAUAUGUAAAUUGUGUGUUAAAGAGCUGAUACUGAUUUUCAUAUGACAAUGUUAGGCAAAGGCCUCCCUGCAUUUGAAGAGCAGGUUUUCAUUUAUAUGUAUUUUUGGGAUAAAAAGUAAUAAAAUUUGUAAAUAUAGCUCCA